UCUUCGGCCAUUCAAUUUGCUUGACGCCCCCCUAAGUUUACGCACAAUCGAAUCGUCGACAAUAUCAAUAAGCGACACAGGUAGCGGACGUCCAGUUGUGUUAACGUUUGUUUUUUUUUGCCUUCGAUAAACUACAGAGACUUCCGCUUUUGCCAGUCCGACCGCGGACGAUUUGCAACAGUACUCUAGCCACAGGGACAGUCGGAAUCCGUUGAAGGAUUGUGAAUUUAUCCGUCUGGAAGGAACCAGCAUUGAUUGGUACCCGUGCUGAGAGAAUCAGCGCGAAAAAGUAAGCGCGUGCCCAUAGCGAAAGUAGUCGAAGGUUGUCGAAUGAUAAUAAUAACAAUAAUGCCUAAGUACAUCAGCCGAGUUCAUUCGCGCACAGCUCACAGGUCAGUCGGCUUGUUUUUUUAACGCACAACAGCCGUUGCUUGUCUGCCGAUAACUUCCUUUGAAGUGUCUCGGGAAGUUAGUCGCCGCCAGUGCCAAAUCUACCAACAUCUCGGCCAUCAAACAAUUUAGUUUUUUUGUUGUCCACAAUGACCACAAUUCGCUUUGUAAUUGUCUGCAUAACCAUCGAAAACCACGUGGACUUUGAAAAUCGGCUGUAAUUAAAAAAACGAAACCCACACCCAACGAUGACGAACAUCUCGCCAGACAUUACACCUGCCACGUGCAUAGAAGGGUCGUCUUUGGCUCAGCCACCUUGCAGUAGCGGCGAUCCGGAAAUGGCAAGCGCCAAAGACAAGGAAACCACGAACAACGGGUACUUGGGCUGCCAGUAUCCGACGUCUCUUUUGCCGGAAGUCCGGGUGAUAUCGGCCGACGACCGACCGAACACGUGCAAGUUCCGGAUCCGCGACGUCAGCCCUAUGGCCGAGCCUAAGCACAAAUUCGGAUCCACCUGUUACCGGAUACUGGUGCCCGAGACGGUGACUGAGAGGAUAAUACUGUUUGUGUGUCUAAUCAUUUUGUUCACGUUGCUUGCCUCGCUGACAUACUUGGUGGUCAAGAUCGAUUGUAUAUACUGUACAAACACUACAAAGGAAAAGCCUAAAGUUAAAGCGUUGUUUAACCCAAACCAAAAGAUCUGCAUGAAGGAAGAAUGCGUCAAAACAGCUGCUUCAUUGCUAUCUGCUAUGGACCAAUCAGCUGAUCCGUGCGAGGACUUCUACCAAUACGCUUGCGGUACUUGGGACAAAAGACACUUGAUACCGGAAGACAAGAGUAGCAUCAAUACAUUUGAAGUACUUGCCGAUCGCUUGCAAAUUAUUUUAAAAGGUCUGUUGGAGGAAUCGGUCAAUCGGUUUGAUAGCUCAGCUACGAUAAAAGCAAAAUUGUUUUACAAAUCUUGCAUGGACAUCACUCAAAUCAGGCGUGUCGGAGACAGGCCUAUUCGGGAACUUUUGAAAUCACUUGGUGGUUGGCCGGUGGUGGAAAAAAAUUGGCAACCGCCCGAUUACGGUAUUGAAGUAUUAUUAGGUCGACUAAAAAAAGACUUUAACGAAGGAAUUAUGAUUGAACAAUGGGUCGGUCCGGAUGACAAGAACUCUUCUAUUAACAUCCUUCAGUUGGAUCAAAUGCAACUAGGUUUGCCGAGUAAAGAUUAUUUUUUAAAGGACAGUAGCGCCGAAGCAUUGCAAGCGUACCAUAAAUACAUGACUGAAGUAGCAGUGCUAUUAGGGGCUAAUAAAUCCACUGCACCUUUGGAACUUUUAAAAAUAAUUGAAUUUGAAAUUGAAUUGGCAAAUGUUACUUCGGCGGAGACUGAUCAGCCAACGCCAGGGACGACUUAUUGGAAACUCUCGUUAAAUGAACUCCAGAACCAAGUUCCAGAUAUCAAUUGGUUAUUAUACUUCAGGAAUGUUUUGAAUUUUAAUAUUGAAGGCGACGAGCUCGUCGUCAGUUACGCCAUGACAUAUUUUACACAACUAGGACUUCUAAUGAAAAAAACUGAUAGAAGGAUUAUUCACAACUAUGUUAUUUGGCGAUUGGUUCAAAGCACGGUGCUUCCCCAUAUGAUAGACGAAUACCAGUACAAGAGGUUAGAUUUUAAGAAGAUUUUGUUGGGCAUUCUUAGUGAACGGAGUAGAUGGAGAGAUUGUGUGGAUUGGACUAACAAACAACUUGGAAUGGCAGUUGGGGCGUUAUUCAUAAGGGAUAAUUUCAGCUUGGAAAGCAAAGUAACGGCCAUGGACAUGAUCCAAUCGAUUCGUGAAGCGUUCAAUGAGCUUCUUAAUGAAAAUGAAUGGAUGGAUGAUGAAACAAGGGUGGUUGCUAGAGAAAAGGCGGAAGCUAUGAAAGAACGGAUAGGCUAUCCAGAUUUAUUGACAGACCCCCAUGAAUUAGACAACCAAUAUAUUAUGUUAAAUGUUACCGAAGAUCAGUUUAUUGUAAACGUGUUUAACGUUUUACAAUUUGAUGCUUUGCAAAAUUUGGAAAAAUUGAGACUACCAGUCGAUAAAGAUAAAUGGUCAACGGAACCAGCAAUCGUCAAUGCAUUUUACAAUCCCAAUAAGAAUCAUAUAGUUAUCCCCGCUGGGAUACUUCAACCUUUAUUCUACAGCCAACAUUUCCCCAAAUCGCUAAACUAUGGCGGUAUCGGAGUGGUGAUCGGUCACGAAAUUACCCACGGAUUUGACGAUAAAGGCCGGCAGUUUGAUAAAAACGGUAACUUGCUCGAAUGGUGGGAUUCCGAUACUAUAGAAACGUUCAGGGAGAAGGCGCAAUGCAUGGUAGACCAAUACUCCAAGUAUAAAAUGCAAGAGGUAAACAUACAUGUAAACGGACGUAUGACACAAGGUGAAAACAUAGCAGAUAAUGGUGGACUAAAGCAAUCGUUUAGGGCGUACAAGAAAUGGGUAGCAAAGCACGGAGAAGAACCUUUGUUGCCGGGUAUUGCUAUGACACACGAUCAGCUAUUCUUUUUAAAUUACGCGCAGAUCUGGUGCGGCUCGAUGCGCCCCGAAGACGCUUUGACAAAAGUAAGGUCGUCCGUACAUUCACCAGGACCAACGCGUGUCUGGGGCCCGUUGUCGAACUCGGUUGAUUUUGCCGAGGCGUUCGGAUGUCCCCUCGGAUCCCGGAUGAACCCCGUGGAUAAAUGCGUAGUUUGGUAGUAAAAGAACAAAAAAAAAAACAACAAAAUUACUACCAUAACGUCUUUUUUGUUUACUUGUUACAAGUUUUAUCUAAUCUAAACCCAUUAUCUCUUAUCGAACGAUAUUGCAAUAUUCUCACGCCAUAAUAUUCACUGUUUACACACUUACAAAUAUAGAGCGUAGUAUACACAUUAUACAAAAAACGUCAUCAAUAUACCAACACAAAACAAUACAAACUAUAUAAUAUAAUAUAACAAUAUAGUGUAAUGUUUCAUAACUAUGACAUAUUAUAUAGGUAGUAGAUUCCUGUCAAUGUGAUAUGUGAUAACCAACUACUCUUUUUGUGCUUGUAUUGUAGUUAUGAACAAAAAAACUACAACCUAAUAUUGUUAUAUUGUCGCAAAUCGAAAAAAUUAAUUAUAUUUAAAUGAUUUUAUAAUACUUCACAUAUUUUCAAUUUUCCAUCGUAAGCUAUACCAACGAUGGAUAAUGUUUUUAACAUAUAUACAUUUGAUAUAUAUAUAUAUAUAUAAUUUUUAUUUGCCUAAGGAAAUUCGGUUUCUGAAUAUAUUGCUAAACAAUUUCAAGUUUUGUGUAGAAUAGUUUAACCGAAAUGCGUGUAAAUGAUUCGGAAAUGUUACCAUGUAUUUACUUAAAUUAAUAGUUAGUUAAUAAAAAAUAAAAACUCAUUUAAAAUUAUAUUUUUGACUAUUUGCUUCGAUAAAAUGUAAAAUAUUAACUAGAUAAUAGCUUGGUAAUA